UCGCACAAGGGUAUCUGUUGGCUUUAACUAGUCUACACAGGCACGAUAUAUGUAUACAUCUUUUUCAUAUGAUUUGUUUUACAUGACUCUAAAUAUAAAUAUUGUUUAAUCUAUAAUGGCAAACUGCUUUCGUAAUUCAAAGAUAUCGUUGUGUCAAGUUAUCGGAGGUUUUAAAGGAUCACCAACCUUAGUUAAAGGUCAUCAAAAUUUUAAUGUUAGUGCUAGCUUCAGUAAUGGUAACACUGGUUUCUAUAAAACAAGCAGUUGCUUUUCGAUAUUUAACUUUAGUGGUAGUCAGCGAAACUUAAUAAUUGGCUCGUCUUUGAACUUGCAUCACAACCACAGAUAUAUUCGGACCAGUACCGAUGUCAGAGAUACUCUUAUCUCGUUUUUGGGUUGUGUUCUAUGCAUGAAACAAGCUGCUUUCAAGCAGGCUAUAAAAAGAGGACUAAUUGAACACAGAAUGCCAUUUUUGGCUUUGCAAGCAAGAACAUCAGUCUCUGCCUCAUGUGAAUUUCAGCCAGAUGUUGUUUACUGUCAUGAUAACAGUAUACAGGACGAUCACAAGUAUUGUAGAAAUAAGUGGGUUGUGUUGACCAAUAUACCAAACAAAACUAUUGAGGAAAGGCACUGCUUAGCAAAAGAGACAGGAUUCACAGAAUUACAUUUAAGCACUGUACCUGAUCCAGUGUGGAUGAUAAUUAAGCCUUGCUUGGCAUUAUCAGAUGACAUUCAUCUUAAAGAUAGUUGGUGUUCUCUUUCUUCAAAGAAGCAUGGCUUUCAGCUAACAUCAUUAACUCACUUUAAUGGCUACCUGGGUGCUGAACCAUACCAUGUGUUUUGUGUAGAAAUGGACAGAAGUAGCCACAUGAGAGGACUGAGCUCAGCUCCUUUGUCAGAUUUUGAACGACAGGCUGUUCUUUGUGCAAAUGUUUCAAAAACCAAUGAACCACCACAUCCAGUUGGAAAACCCACUGAAGAUCAACUACAGAAAAUACAUUUAGUCUUAGCUAACACUCUUCCUAAUUUCUUCAUUCAGUCACAAGAUUAUACAAUAUACCAUCAAAAUGUGAUAUUUGAGAACAAUAUACAAGGCAAAAUUACACGUGGCCUACCAGCUUAUGUCCAACAGAUGGCAUUGAUAAGAGUUCUUGGCCACCUGAGAUAUGCUCAUGUCAAAUUAGAGGUUUUAAAAAUCACCCAUCACUUUGAGGAUGGCACUAUUCGUGUUCGCUGGCGAAUUAAAGGAGUUUCUGGUCUAAGAGCACUGUUCUUUUUCUGGAACUUCAGAGUUUGGGAGUGGAAAGAAAUGAUGAAAAAUGAGUCAGAGUAAGUAAAAAAAGUUCUUUCCUGAAUAAAUAUUUUGCUUGAUAUUUUCAUAACAUUUUUUACUAAGCAAAAAUUAAAUUUGUGAUGAAAGGGAAAAGUUAUUCAUUAAAGAAAAUUUGGUUUU